AUGCCUCCAGUUAGUGAAAACGCAAGACUCAGUACGAUUUCUGAAGUUUCCGAAUAUAGUGAAUCCAACGAAUUAUUUCCUCCAGCACAUUCCUUUAGCUUCAUUAAAUACCUUAAUUUAAAUUACUUAUAGAGAAGUGCCCUGGCCACUAAUUGCUUCCGCAAACACUCAACAGCUUGAUUGCCAGUCCGAAAACUAUCUUAAACUGUGUUACUUCUCAGGAAGAGGGCUUUCUCUCGCUACCUGAGAGUCAGAGAUCUGGGCCGUCAUGCCAAAUGCCGAGCUCGCUUUCCAGAAUAUUCGAAAAACCAAUUUUCUGGUCGAUCUAACAGUCAAGAUAGAAUCCUGAUCCCAAGACCCAACGCCUGGUAUUGUGCUAUGAAUUUUGCCCGAUCAACCAGUGACCAAUUUUGGCCUUGUUGAGCUUUCCCUUUCCGUCUCUCAACGAGGUAAAAUCUUGAUCUGAAUGAGAGCAUGCGGCCGGCUAACCCGAAAUUGUGCUCAAACCAAACCAAGCGAAACCCUGGCUGGAUGCACAUUUCCGAAAGGUCCCAGUUUCCCAGCUUUAAAAGCUUUAGGGCAAGUUGGCUCGCCAUGUCAUUUUAAUACAUGCUUCAUCAAAAUACCAAAGGGAAGCUAAAAGCUGUGCUUCUAUCGUGGAAUGAGAAGAAUAUAGCGAUGGAAGCACAACAUGCAGUUCAAAGCUUGACUUAAUAAAAGACACAUUAAUGAGCAACAAAUUCAAUGACGAAUUUUUAGGGUGUACAUUUGAUAUGCUAAAAUCAUCAUUAAUAUUACAAGAUAAUGAAUGUAGAUGCAACUGUACGCUAUUUUAA